AAUUCUUAAAAUUCUCAAAAUGAAGCGACAGGCUGACAGCACAACUGCGAUCGACUCUAGUAAGAAUUCAGGAUUAGAUACUCCUGGUUUAAAUGCUAAACAGAGAAAAAAAAUCAAACAGCAGAUGCAUGUCCAAGGUGUGUCUGAACCAGUUUAUAAUUCAAAAGAUAUUGCUUCGAAUUCGCUUAAACAAGACAAAUCUAUAACGACUCUUCCGCCUCGCCAACUUCAGAUCAAUGAAGUUAUUCAGGCACGAUCGUUUGAGAUUAGUUCUUUGGAAACAGCACUUUCAAAUGCAACCGAGUAUACCGGAGCACAAAGAGUUUUUCAAACUCUUCCCAGACAUAUGCGUCGUCGAGCUGCAAGUUAUAAUGUUAAACGACUACCAAUGCACAUUAGAAAGAGAGCUUUGGUUCAGAUGUCAAAAGAUAAAACCUGCCAGAAUUUACCCAAGCAUAGAUACAAAAAACGGAAAGCUACUCACCUUUCUGAAGAAUUUAUGAAACGGCCAGCACAUAACAAAUGGCUUGAGACCCAUGUUUGGCACGCAAAACGAAUGAAAAUGGUCGAAAAAUGGGGAUAUAAAUUGGCUGACCAUCCCAAUGACAAAAACUUACGAUCUGCUUUUAGAUCCAGCAAAAAUCAAAGUGUAAUACAUGAUGCAUCGUAUAUUCAACCAAUAGAAUUGAAUGGUCCUGAACUGGUAGUUGUUAAGCUUCUUCAAAGCUUUUUGGAUCCAACAUUUCCUAAUUGUGCACAGAAAGAUUACUUGAAUGGCUCAAGACACCUGGUGACAUUUUUUCACAAACAAGCCUCAUAUCCUGCAGGGGCUAUUGGAUUGAUAGAGAUUCUUUGGAAACCCAACCAUCGAGUUGCAGAAAAUGCUUUGACUGAUAUACGAACCGUUUGGCUAUUUACACAUCCUGACACGCAUGAGCGUAUUUUAAAACUGUUAAAAGAAGCAAUUGAGUUGCCAACCAGUUUGGUUUCAAACACACCUGUUUCUAUUGUCAGUUUAAAAGGCGAGUUUUGUCGUUUUGAAUUCUGUGGACCUAGAUCGCAUGCAAUACUAUCCGAAUGUUUGCAACUCUGCAGUGAAAAUACGGAUUUAGGAGACGUCAAUAGCAUAUCCCAUAGCGUAUGGCAGCAACUGUAUUCUUUGAUUUCGCCUACAUCUGUUUCUCCUGGUGUAGUACUUGGUCUAACAGUACAAGAUCCACGUCUCAGCUUCCCAAUUAAAAUGAAAAGUCGCAAUGAUGCACAACCGUCUUUUGAAAAUGAGCAGGUUCAAUCUGAUGUCCUGUCUCUUUUGAAAGAAUGGCCAGCUGGAGUAGCAUAUCAAAGUUCUAUAUGGGAUAAGGAAUCUCGCAAGGUAGCACUGGAUACUCGUGCAACAAACGUGCAGAUUAAUGCGAGACGCUCAAUGAAUUUGAUUCCAGGCACACCACUAGCUCCAUCAUCUACUGAUAGCAGAAUUCCCAUUUUGUUGAUUCAUCGUGCAAAUUAUUAUUCUAUGCAGUUUUCACGCGGUGAAUAUUCAGAUGGUUGGGAUCUAGUUAUUCCACGCGGAUGGGCAAAAGAAUUUUGGUUAACAUUUAUAUUUUCAGGGGCAAGAGUUGCAGGAUUAAGAGAAAAACGAAGUUUUCAUUUUGAAGCGGCUAUUCCAUGUUUUCCUUAUGAUUACCCCGAAACACCCACAUAUGAUGACGAUACGUCUAUUACUUGUGCAGAAUUAGAGAAGAUCUAUAAUCGUACACCCAAAGCAAAACGUCCCAAUUAUGAAUCAUUGCAAGUACCUUCACCAUUUGCUCCUUUGUUUCACCAACUUGAACCCAGCAUUUCUCAUUCAAUUGCAGAGAUUGAAUCUGUAUGCACAAUUUUCACGCAACCAACUACAACGCUUACUGAAAGCGCACAGAUUACUCAAAAAGUAUCAACAGCUUCAUCUGACUUGUUGCCAGGGAAGUCCACUACAGCACCAAUCGUAGUGUUGCACUCACCUAGUCUCAUCCAGCUUAUACACAAUUUAUCUCAUGCGUUGCCCACAUAUACGGCAUUGUGCUCUGUAUUGGCUGAAAAGCUUACUGCACUCUCUUACAAAACAGGGAGUUUAAUAUCUUCUGAUGUAUUGUCUGAUCUUAAAUCGGCAUUUGUGCGAGUUGUGAUUACACCCAUUAAAAAAGGUGCACCUCAAGAACGUGGCAUUGUGUAUGCAGCAACUGAGUCGGAUAUUUCCACUUGGCAUAGUCUUGCUUCUUCGAUGGUACAGUAUUCAUUUUCCAGUCAAAAAAAAGCUUCUACUUUAGAGGAAUCCGACGCAAAUUUGGAUGAUAUUCCAUCAAAAGAUCGCAUUUUGGGGUACUUGACUACUGGACAUUUUUCACUUCGACAAGGUCAAGGACAGGCCAUUGGAUGCUGCAGUCUUGCCAAACUAUAUAAUGCCAUGCAGGUUCAAAAUGCAGUAUUGAAAGGAUCCAUGGGCCUGACUUCAAAAGAUGGGCGUGUACGUGUGAUUGUUUUUGUGCGAGGUAUUACAGAUCGUAUAUGCCGACCGGCCCUUUUGGAAAUUAUUUCCUAAAACUUUAUUUGAUCUACUUGUUCAAGUAAUACAUUUGUAGUGCAGUUAAAUAUUCGC